CCAGCAAAACGUCAUGUCAUGCAGGGGUUGGUGCUGGGCGAACUUUUUAAAGCUCAAGGGUGGGAUUGUAGCCUCCCGCUGCCAACAAAACAAUCACACAGCGGCCGAAGAACAAUCUUCACUCAAGCACACGCCAUACAGCAAUGGUUUUUGCCCAGAACAACGUGACAUCACGAAGGAAGCGUCCGAUGUGUCACAAGUGUUUGUCGACCAUGGCAGGUCAUACGCGGAAGAACAACAUAUUCGUCUGCCCUGGGUCUGCUGAGCGUACAACGCAACUUUUGUCCCCCGAUACACCUCCACCUACAUACGAGUUCCAUGGCUUUCAGGUGCCACCUGGCGACCGCUGGCACUGGCGAAACCCUAAUUGGGUCUCGCCACCCCGUGAGAGACCGCAUGAGAAGACUCACAGCUAUGUGUCCCUCACGCCAACAGAGCCUCUGUCCGAAGGAGAGUCAGGGAAGGAAAACAUUUCUCCGUUCACUGUGGAGGAUUCUCCUACUCCUAGCUAUUCCGAUGACGACUGGGUCGGUAGUUCGGACCCUUUGUACCACUAUCCCAACUUUUCCAUCAAGGAGGAAUCCCCCGAACCGCAGUCUGAUGCAUACAUCUCGGACUACUCUAACACACCACCUCCCCGCGAGUGGUCCCCAUUUUCUCAGUCGCCUAUCACCGAUAUCAGCCUUAACACGGCCCUCCGUGCGGGCACGCCGCUGUACAGCGUGUACCGCGUCCCGCGUCAAGACGUCCCGAAAGUCCAACGCACUGCACAACGCGAGGGGAAACUCUUGAGCGUGAUGACAGCCCCUCCUGCACACCUCGCCAAGAUCCCGCGUGAGAAAUCACAAGAGACGGUGUGGGUCAUUCUCAGUGACCGUGAGGAAGACCUCCGGUACGCAGUGCAUUCCCAAAGGAUGCCGGGCGCAUUCGCCCAGGACACGGCGGUGAACUCGGUGGACUUCAGCGUUCCCAAAAGCAACGCAGCAGCUCCAAUCAUGCAGAACGCACCGUUCUGCGAUACUGUGGAUCAGACCGCACAGCAUGUAAUGCGCAAUACGACCUUUGACCAGUCGAUGUACAGCAUUCCUGGUGGAAUGGCGGUUCAACAACCCUUGCGAACAGCGGGUCUCGGGUUUCUUCAGAUGGCAUUUGCGGGGAUUAUUGGUGGCCUUGUUGUCACCUACGGACGGGCCCUCUUGUAGCGAUUCGGGGCGACUAUCCAUCAGAAGUGUUAGUUUGGAAAUAAUCAGGGGGCACUGUACGUUACUUUUUUCGAUGGCCUGCCGAUACGGAAUAUGUUUGCCAAUUUAUGCUACUAUAUGCCUUUUGUACUUUUGUUAUGACCUAUGCCAGCUUUUCUUAUGAUCGACCCAUCCAGUCAAUGUGAUAUUGAAACAGUUCAAGGAUACAGCGC